GGAAAAGGAAAAGGAAAGUGAGGCGUCACACUUCAGACUUCUUGUAGAUCUAUUUCUGGAGACGAAAAAUUUUACCAACAAACACAAAGAAUCGACUUCGACGUCCGGAUUCGUACACACGACGAGAAGGGACGAGAACCCUGAAUACAGGGCGACUGACACGGCUCAAGACAAGGCGAGGUGGUCUCGUAUUCUAAUUCGCUGCAGAAUAAUGAGCUACGUGACACCAGCUCGAACGCUGUAUAGCCAAAACAGAACAGGUAAAGUUGUUUUUCAAAGACAAAACAAAUUGCCAAUUUAUUAUCAUGAUAUUUCUUGCAAUAGCAAUUGGAUACGCCUAUGCAUGUUGCCCACUGGUAGGCACGGCUAACCUGUUGUAUCCUCUUCAUCGACGGUGGUAAGGCCGGACUUUUGACAAGUUAUUUUCUCAGAAAAAUCACAUACACAUACCUUUUUCGGAAAGGUCAACAUGAAGAUGAAUAGCCUCAUGACCAUGUCAUUACGAUGAUGUUAGUGUUAUCGUCAGGCUAUGAUGCUGGGGUGGAGAUGCGCACAAAAGGAGGCAGCAGGGCAGGAGGCCAUUGUGGGUUCUACCAAGAGCAACCACAAGACCCACGUAUUUGUCACGAUGAUCUGAUUGAUGACACCGUGUACAACGAACGAGGGGAGAAGGUGCUCUUCGUGACAAAUAGCAGUUACGGCGUGCUUGUAAUUUGGAAAGGUCACUACAAUGAGAAUGAAUGAGGAGAACCAGCAAACUCAUUGGGUCAAGUGUAGUACAGACAGCCAUGUAUACUAUGUAUAGGGAUCUGUAAAUCUAGUUUUUUUUCCCCUCCUGGCUGUAAAACUAAAAACAUCUUCUGCAUGUACUAGACGGCUAGGUUAGAAGUUCUAAGACGGGCUUCUGAUCACACAGCAUGACAAACCAAUGCUGCAGCUACGCGGGUUGCCCUACAGCGCGACUGUCGACGAUAUACUCGAAUGGAUGGGUAUCUAUUCGCUUCGUUGUGAACUUUUUUCUCGUCCUCGCUGAUCAUAUAAUCAACGGUAACAAAAAGAAACAAUUCUGGUGCUUAUGGUUCAUAUUUGGUCGUGAAACAAAUUUCUAGUGCAUACGACGACAACUACAACAGGCAAGCAUGCCCACUCUCUGGACUGCAGUGAUCCAAAUCGUGACGCAGUGCAGGUGAUUUUGAACCGCGAA